GGUAAACAAUUAGAAAACGAACAAUUUUACAUUCUUCUGUAAUUAAGUGUUGGAGUCGAAAUGGCACCUUCGAAACGGUCUAAAGCUUCACUUGCAGUCGAAACCUCGGCUAUAUGUCGAAAGUGCCUGUCCGCUGAUGGCACUUUGGAGAAGGUCACUUCCAACGAACGGGGCGAAUAUCUUUUACAACAAACGUUUUCCUGUACAAAUGUUCAGAUGAAAGUAUUGCCAGAUUUUCCAACGUAUUUGUGUUCGGCCUGCAAAUCGCGGUUUGAUUUUCUGGAUAAGUUGCGCUCGAUAUGGAUUCUAAACAAUGCAAAAAUCGAACGAUUUAAGGAAGAAAAGGACACCACCCAUUUGACCGGUUCCGAAACAACUGUAGAGCAGUCUGACGGUGACAUGCAACAAACCGAUGGCGUCGAAUCAGUGUGGAUCAAAACUGAGGUUGUCACAGGAGAUUCAGGAGAGGAUCAUCAAACGAUUCAAACGGCUUCUAAUACACAACAGAUAAGUGGUACAUACGAUUAUAAUCAUCAUGACGAUUUGUUUGAAGCAGAGGAAGUGAAACGUGUGAACGUUUGGAAGUUUGGUUGGAAAGGAAGUUUGAAAUGUGAACCAAUGGACGAGCAGCAACAGGAUCAGCCAUCAGAUACUGAGCUGAAACAUGAGCAUAAUAUUCUCAAAACGGAGCCAAUCGAUGUCGAAGGGGAAGCUUCUGUAGCAGGGAAGACCACCAUGGGUCCUGACGACCCACCAUCAACUUCAGUGUUCGUAAUCGGUGAGCGGCGAUUGUUGAGCUCAAGUAAGCGACGAAGUUCUCAAAAGGAUAUCGCCGCUGCAGAGUUCUCAGUGUCUACAAUACAGCGCUCCAAAGUUACUGGUAAUGUGCAUGGAAACAAGCAAAACCACAAGUGCCCUCAUUGCUCCGCCACGUAUCCAUACAUAUCCAGGCUGGAGAUUCACAUCCGCACUCACACCGGCGAAAAGCCAUUCCCUUGUAAAGUCUGCGGCAAGGCGUUCCAUAGGGCAAACAACCUACGCGUUCAUAUACAAAGUCACAACAAGGACCAAAACAAAUGUCCUCAAUGCUCUCGCGAAUUCGCACUGGAAGCCUCACUUAAGGAUCACAUUCGGACCCACACCGGCGAAAAGCCAUUCCUUUGUAAAGUCUGCGGUAAAACGUUCCAUGCGGCAUCCAACCUACGCGUUCAUAUGCAAAUUCACAACAAGGACCAAAACAAAUGUCCUCAUUGCUCUCGCAAAUUCGCACGGCAAUUCCGUUUGAAGGAUCACAUUCGGACUCACACCGGCGAAAAGCCAUUCCCUUGUAAAGUCUGCGGUAAAACGUUCCAUACAGCAGACAUCCUGCGCACCCAUAUGCAAAUUCAUCCUUUCGAUGUCCGAAAAGAAGCUUCAGAAGCAACGCAGAGCCCAAACGCUACUCAAAAUGCGCAUGGAAACAAGAAAAAACACCAGUGCCCUCAUUGUUCCGCCACGUACGUAAACACAUUGAGGCUAAAGAUUCACAUUCGCAGUCACACCGGCGAAAAGCCAUUCAUGUGUAAAGUAUGUAACAAAACAUUCUAUGCUGCACGCUACCUGCGCUCCCACAUGCAAAGUCACGAUAAGGACUUUGUUGCUGCACGAGCAGAACGGAGGCGACAAAAGAUAAACAUUGCGAAAGAAAAACAACGAAAAUAUAACGAACAACAAAGAAAGAAGAGACAAAUUGCGAACCAAACGAUUCGCGACCGGACAACAAACAUUGUUGUUGCUGCACGACCAGAACGGGCACGACAAACAAUCAACUCUACGAAAUGAGCGACGCUCGACCGCCGGCGAAAGAACGAAAUAUUACGAAAAAUGCAACGUGCGUCCUAUCGGGAAAGAAAGAAAAACAUUGUGAACCGAUCAACACCCGGUAGUGGAUGGCCUAAAUAAAAAUUUGCUUGCACAGGCCCAACGUCUAGGUGUCGAAAGGUGUAGGGCUCGCAUCAAAAUAUACACACGGUAUAAAAACUACGGCUAAAUGAAAGCGUAACAACACCGCGGAAGCGUCCUUCGCAGAACAUUAUGACCGAGUGCCUUCA